GUAGUAUGCGUACGAUUUACAAAGUAACCUGUCGUAUUCUGAAUAACCAAGGUAAGAAGAUAACGGUUCGAGCGUCUAUGCUAAUUCCCAGGCCUUCCAUGAUUAGGAUGUCAUGCUAGCUGUUGGCCAGCCAGUCUCCCUUUCUACUUUCGCAAGAUGCUUGAGAAUUGCGAACUUCUCUGCGGCGUGCUCUUCUUCAUGCUCUCCUUUAGGCAUACUCCCAGAUGCAUCGCUAGCAAUGUACAGUGGAAAUGUGAUUGAUCUAACAAGCAUGCGACGCGUUCGUCACACUUAUUCCACUUCUUUCCUUCGCGUGCCAGAUGGGAUUCUAGAUUCUGUUGUCCUCCACGUGCCUGCUAUUGUUAAGCUCAAACCCUCGGGCGUACGUACUGUCCAUGAUGGGCUCCGAUCAAGUACAGCGCAGAACAUACAUCGUCACUGGCGCUGUCCCAGGCAUUGACCUCGCCACAGCUUGGGCUUUAUUAGCAGAAUGUGCUUCUGUCAGUCUGUGCGACCUCGAAAAGAACGGUGUGCACAAGGACGCGCAUGACCUUGAUCCCUCCGGUGCCCGCGUCUUGAGCUCGGUCGUUGACGUUACCGACCGCACUGCAGUUCGGAACUUGCUGUCAAGCACGAGGGAGAAGUUUGGCUCAAUCGAUGGCGUCGCCAAUUCGGCAGCUAUACGUACCGCUGGUCAUGAACUUGGCUUCCACUCGAGGGUUUUUAAAAAGGCGCCCUCUAUGCUACUCCGAAACAUACUGUCCUGGGCUUCAUGAGCAGUGCAGCAAAAGAGGGUAAUGAUCGGAUCAGAAUAAAUAGAAGUACAACUGAUACAACAACGUACCAAGCCAACUUAGAGCGCAUUCCAAAUUUUGUUCCUGCACCAUCAACACCAUUCUCAUGCGACGGGAAGGCAGAUGAGGUGGCCCACGUAUUUGCGUUUCUCACUAUUGAGAAAAGCAGCUUCGUAACCGGUGCAGCGUGGAGUGU